AUGGCCAAUUACAUUGUAUGUCUAGCUCACUUCUGUGAACUACAUGGACCAUCCACAAUAGUUUGCACUCAAGUUACUACCGAAAAUAAAAAGGAAGAAUAUAUCUUACCUUCAAAUUCUCGAGUCCAAGUAUGUUCAUCAUGUCAAUUAAUCCUUCCUGAUGAAGAUGCAGUCAAUAUUGUAACUAAAGAUUCCACUGCCAAUAGCAAUGCCAAUACCACUCGAGUUUUCAUAUCUACUCAUUAUCCAUUGUCGCAAAAACGAUAUACAUCCUUAACUAAAUUGGUUAUGAAAUCAUUAUCAGUAGAAACUACAGCAGAAUCAUCAAAACCAAUGUUUUAUGGGGAUAUGAUUUAUGGAUAUUGUAUAAAUAAAAUAUUUAAAAUAAAUGAUUUAAAUGCUCGAGGAUCAGAAAGGAAAUAUUCAUUAAUGUUAAUUUCAGAUUCUGAAACUGAUUUAUUAAUGAAUUGGGAUAUAAUAACAAUUUAUUUCAAUGAAAUUAUUGAUAUGAUUCAACAAAGAGUUGCAACUAUAACAGAAGAGAAUAUUAAACGAGAUACAGCAAAUGGUAGUAAUCUUGGUAUGUUGGGCAAUGAGAAAUAUCUUAGACGAUCUUUAAUUAAACCCAAAUCUUUAGUUGAAUUAACAAAUGAUACUGGUAUUUUUGUUAAGAUUCAUUUAUGGGCAGUUGAACUAUUAAAAGAUAUAUUAAAAUAA